AUUUUGGGAAAGAUAGUCAUUUAUCACAGUUAUUUAUUAUAUACAGAGUGAGAUGAGCAGAUUGGUCAAGCUUACAGUUAGACAUUGAAUGAACAACAGCAAACAUGGAAUUGAGCUGUAGUUUCCAGUAAAGAAACAGCUAGUCAGUCUCUCACUCAAGAGUGAAAAGGUGAUGUAUAAACUCAUUUUAGGGGAUUUUGCUUGCUGGAACAAUUUUUUGGCAAACAGCAGCUGCAGAAACAAUGACUGGCUAGAGUUUGUUGUCACAGUGAAGUUGCCGAGCAACCAGCAAUCAUUACAUUUAGGUUGAGGUACAUGGGCACCCUGGGCUCCCAGGUGAUGUGUGACAACAUCCCUGGUCUGGUGAACAAGCAACGCCAACUCUGCCGCCAGCACCCAAAAGUGAUGCAGGCCAUCGGGGCCGGGAUGAAGGACUGGAUCUCAGAGUGCCAGCACCAAUUCCGCAACCACCGCUGGAACUGCAACACCACGGCCAGGGAUCACAACCUGUUUGGACGCCUGCUGCUACGCAGCAGCCGCGAGGUGGCCUUCAUGUACGCCAUCUCCUCGGCUGGUGUGGUUUACACGCUGGCCCGAGCCUGCAGCCAAGGUGAGCUGGAUUCCUGCUCCUGCGAUCCCACCAAGAAGGGCUCGUCACGGGACGCCAAGGGCUCUUUUGACUGGGGCGGCUGCAGUGACCACGUAGAUCAUGCCAUGCGCUUCAGCCAGGCUUUUGUGGACGCCAAGGAGAGGAAGGAGAGGGAUGCCCGGGCACUCAUGAACUUGCACAACAACCGAGCUGGCAGAAAGGCAGUAAAGCGCUUCAUGACUCUGGAGUGUAAGUGUCACGGCGUCAGCGGGUCUUGCAGCGUUCGGACCUGUUGGCUGGCCAUGGCCGACUUCAGGCGCACUGGCGACCAUCUUCGUAAGAGGUAUAACGGCGCCGUGCAGGUGGCCGUUAACCAGUACGGCACUGGGUUCACUGCCGCGCACACACACUUCAAGCGACCCAGCAAGAAUGACCUGGUGUACUUUGAGGACUCACCAGACUACUGCAUACGGGACCACGAGUCAGGGUCGAUGGGAACGGGAGGGCGAGUAUGCAACCGGACGUCUCGCGGUGUCGACAGCUGCGAGGUGAUGUGCUGCGGUCGAGGCUACGACACGUCACGGGUCAGCCGCACCACCAAGUGCGAGUGCAAGUUCCACUGGUGCUGCGCCGUGCACUGCCGAGACUGCCACCAGCAGGUCGACGUGCACACCUGUAAGGGCCAGACGUGACUGAACACUACUGAGCGCUCAUAGGAAAACCAGCAAGUCGCACUGGCCACCGUGUAAAAACUACUGCUUUUGUGCUGGGCUGCAGAUUCCUCAUCUGCCAUCAAGCUGUGAGGAUAUUCACCUCCAUCCUCUGGGCUCAGCCCUCAGUUCACUGAACUUCUCAAAGAUCACCUGUCAAUCAAACAGUAGGGAGUCUGCCUAUCUGUAGAAGGCACUCUUUUCUUUGCUGCUCAUGCUAAUUACUCAACUCCUCUCCUGUUUAUUCCAAACAAGAAUCACUUCUGUCUGCUAGAGGAUGUUUCUGAACGAGCUUCCAUGGUUAAAGCAGGAAAUGGAAAAGCUUUCAUCAGCACGUCACAGGCUAAAUGAGUAACAAGCUGUACGUUUAUUUAAACAAAAAUAUAUCAGUCAACAAACUAGUUCAUGCCACAACUACUUUCUACAGCGAAACCUUGUUCUCAAAGGCUGACUUGCUUAAUCAGUUGUAAAAAGUUCUCUCCGGGCAGACAUCUCCUCCAGUUUGUGAUCUUAAAAGCCACUUUGGGCUCCUGCUGAGCCCACAUCAGAGACAGAUCCUGAUGACUGACUGUGGUUUGGAGGUACAGAGGUCUGAACAAAAAUACACUGAAAAUAUAUCUUAAGUUAUAUAAUCUAUUGUAGUGUUGUGUUGUCAAAUCUCCCAACAGGCAGAGAGAGUACCUGGUUCCAUUUAAUGCAAAGCAGAACUUAAACGCUCU